ACACGUUGGCAGUCCUCGUGAUCCCUAAUCUAACCAAUAAGAUCGCUCUUACUGCUUAUAUAAUUCCACCGCUUCUCCAUUUUCUCAAAUAUUGGUUACUCUGUAUUCUGUGCUAUCUGUCGCACUAAAUCUUCAUUCUUUCGAGAAAUCUAGGGUUAGGGUUUGUGAUUUUCUUCCUAGAAGUGCUGUCGUUUUCGAUUCUUGAUCGAGAAUAUGAGUUCUGCUGCUGCCGGUUCAACUAAGGGCGGUAGAGGCAAGCCAAAGGCCUCAAAGUCCGUGUCGAGGUCGCAGAAGGCGGGGCUCCAGUUCCCGGUCGGUAGGAUCGCUAGAUUUUUGAAGGUUGGAAAGUAUGCCGAACGUGUCGGCGCUGGAGCUCCGGUUUAUCUUUCUGCUGUUCUCGAAUACCUCGCAGCUGAGGUUUUGGAGCUUGCCGGUAACGCUGCGAGAGAUAACAAGAAAAAUCGCAUUGUGCCGAGGCAUAUUCAAUUAGCAGUGAGAAACGACGAGGAGUUGAGCAAACUUUUGGGUUCUGUUACUAUUGCCAAUGGUGGUGUUUUACCCAAUAUUCACCAAACCCUUUUGCCUAAGAAGGUUGGCAAAGGAAAGGGGGAGAUUGGCUCUGCUUCCCAAGAGUUUUAGGUCUUAGUAAUUCUUUUGUUACUUUAGGUUAUUACUGCAGUUGUAAUAUAUGUAGAUAUAUAUUAAAAGUGUUUGUGUUCUAUCAAUCGAAUUGGUGUUAUAUUAGCAAA